UCCCUCCCUCCCUCGCUCACAGUCCUAGCGCAGGCGUACAUAACGAUCCCUAAUGGGGAAAAGGAGGAGCUCGCGGGUUGCUGGGUGAACCGGGCGACGUCAGGGCCGGCGGUCCCGCUCUCGCGAUGGUUCAAUUCGCAGGAGAGGGUCGGCCCGCUAUUGUAGGCUGAGGGGGAGAGAGAGAGAACUCUGCGAGGGCCAGUAAGAAGCCGGUUUGAGGGAGGAAGUCCGCGCGCGCGAGGGGCUCCUCCGCCCGCCCCCUGAGGUCGCGAGCGGACGUUGCCUCUGCCCGAGAAGGGGAGGAGCCUCGGAGGAAGACCCCGCCCCCCACUAUGUGCCGCCGCCGCCGCCCCCUGCGGGACUAGCCGCGGCCGAGCGGCUCCGGGUGCCUCAGCUGCCCUGCCCGUUGGCGGAGAGCGUCGGCUCUGAAAGCGGGAGCCUCGCCGCUAUGAACCUGCACCAGGUGCUGACGGGGGCUGUCAACCCCGGGGACAACUGCUUCUCCGUGGGGAACGUCGGCGGGCAUCCCUUCACGGCAUAUGCAUCAGGAUGUGAUAUUGUGAUAUUGGGGACUGAUUUUGAAAGAUUACAAAUAAUUCCUGGAGCAAAACAUGGAAAUAUACAAGUGGGAUGUGUAGAUUGCUCUAUGCAACAAGGGAAGAUUGCAGCUUCUUAUGGGAAUGUCAUUUGUAUAUUUGAGCCAGUUCAACACCUAAAACAGAAGAGUAGUCAUCAUACUGGAUUACAUUAUCAGUGGCAGAAGUCAGAUCAAAUUUUACUGGAAGAUGCAGUGCAUAACUUAACAUGGGAUCCAACAGGCUCCCGUCUAUUGACGGCUUGCAGUUGUUUGCAACUUUGGUCCAAUGUCAAUUAUGAAAACCCAUCAGAAGAUGAAAAUCCUGAAAAAACAGAAGCACGGAAUUGGAGAAUCAUUUGGCAGUGCAAAACUGCUUCUGAAGUUCAGCUAAUGAAGUUUUCACCAGAUGGGGAAUUUUUUGCUACUGCAGGAAAGGAUGAUUGUCUUGUAAAGGUGUGGUAUAACACUGAUAGUUGGAAAUCAGCAGUCACACCUCCAGUUACAGCACCAGAAGCAAUCCCACAGGAAGUAGGCUUCUCAUUUAUUUACUUGGUUCAUCCUCGGUCUGUUAAUGGGUUCUCCUGGCGAAAGACAAGUAACUACAUGCCACGUGGUGCCGUAUGUAAUGUGCUGUUGACAUGCUGCAAAGAUAAUAUAUGCCGUCUCUGGGCAGAGACUUUGUUGCCAAAUGACAGUCUGUUAUAUGGAGGUGGAUACAACCAUUUGCCUGAACCUGUGAAGUCAACUAAUAACUUUAAGAGGAAUGCUUCUAGUAAAGAAAACAUGAAAAAUGCUUUAGAGUUAAAUCUAAAGCCCUUUCGACGAGGAAGAAGGAGGUCAAUAGCACUUGCACAUACUGGAUACUUGCCGCAUCAGCAAGACGCUCACGAAGUUCAUCGAAACACUCCGCUGCAAUCAAAUGCACUUUGCCACUUCCACAUUGCUGCCAGCAUCAACCCAGCUACAGACAUUCCUUUGCUCCCUUCCAUCAUGUCUCUGAGUCUUAAUGAAAAUGAAGAAAAGAGUGGGCCUUUUGUUGUACACUGGCUGAAUAAUAAAGAAUUGCAUUUUACCCUAUCAAUGGAAGUCUUUCUACAGCAACUAAAAAAGAGUUUUGAGCAUAUUUCUUCAGAGGUCAGCACUGAAGAGUCUAAUCAGACAGAGAUAAAAUCUGAUGAAGAAACCGAUGGCAAUAGAGAAGAUCAAAAAGGAAAUCAAGAACUUGCUGGUGAAAAACCAGCUCCAAAUUCAAGCUAUAUCCCCUUGUCAUCUUCUAUUGUUGAUCAUGAGAUUGAAGUACAGCUGUCUGAAUGGAAUAAAAAUGCAGACAUGUUGUUUAGUAUUCAUCCUAUGGAUGGGUCACUGUUAGUAUGGCAUGUAGAUUGGCUAGAUGAGUACCAGCCAGGCAUGUUUCGCCAAGUACAGGUGUCGUUUGUUUCGAGGAUUCCUGUGGCCUUCCCUACUGGUGAUGCAAAUUCGCUCUGCAAAAGUGUAGUGAUGUACGCUUGUACAAAGAAUGUGGAUCUUGCUCUUCAACAAGGCAAACAGAAACCAUCUAGCCUUGGGCGUUCCUGCUCAAUGUUAAUCUCUUCGGGCCAUAGUAAAUCAACCAACAGCUUAAAAUUAAGCAUCUUCACCCCAAAUGUUAUGAUGAUUUCCAAACAUGCAGAUGGGUCUCUAAACCAAUGGCUGGUCAGCUUUGCAGAGGAAUCUGCCUUUUCAGUUGUACUCAGUAUUUCCCACAAAUCAAGAUAUUGUGGUCAUCGCUUCCAUCUUAAUGACUUGGCUUGUCAUUCAGUACUUCCAUUGCUACUUACAACCUCUCAUCAUAACGCAAUAAGGACACCGGCUGUUGACAGCGUAAAAGAGUCGUGUGACGUCUCACCAUCGAGACUUCAUGAUGAAGGCACAGCAACCACAUCACAGGAUCUCACUGCUGUUUACAGUGAACUUAUCCUUUGGAGAGUUGAUCCAGUUGGGCCGUUAUCUUUUUCUGGUGGAGUUUCUGAGCUUGCAAGAAUUAAUUCUCUUCAUGUCUCUGCCUUUUCAAAUGUGGCAUGGCUGCCUACCCUUAUACCCAGUUAUUGCCUAGGUGCAUACUGUAAUUCACCAAGUGCUUGCUUUGUUGCAAGUGAUGGACAAUAUUUGAGACUGUAUCAAGCUAUAAUAGAUGCCAAAAAACUUCUCUGUGAGCUAUCGAAUCCAGGAAUUUCUAAAUACGUUGGUGAAGUUUUUAACAUCAUAAGUCAACAAUCCACAGCUAGACCAGGAUGCAUUGUAGAGUUGAAUUCCAUUACAGAGCUGCGUGGUGGGAAAAUGCAGCUACUUCACGUUUUUCAAGAAGAUUUCAUUUUGAAUAAUCAUGAAAAUAGACUGUCUGAGAAAAACACCAUGUUACCUGACUCUGGAUAUCAGAAAAGUGGGUUUUCUGAAAAGUUCUAUUUAAUAGUAAUUGAACAGACUCAGAACUGUUCAAUGUUACAUAUGUGGAAAUUACAUUUGAAGUCCAUACCGGUCUCAGUAGAUGAAAAAAUAGACUCCAAGGCAUGUGAAGCAGCGUCUCAAGAAGAGCUUUACACUUCUCCAGAUCAAGAGAAGCUCCAGUCUUCCUUCACUCAGAAAUAUCAAGCCUGCAAAGAGAACCUUCAAAGUACCAGCCAACUUACUCUUUCUUCAGAAAUUGUCUAUAGUCAAGAAUUGAAUUUACCAGAAGGAGUAGAGAUCAUAAGCAUCAAACCAUCAGCAGGUCACCUGAGUUCUUCUUCCAUUUAUCCUGUAUGUCGUGCACCUUAUCUUCUGGCAACUUUGUGCUCAGAUGGUAAGGUUAGGUUUUGGAGGUGCAGAUUAGCAGUGGAAUCAGGUGUGACGUCUGUAGCAGAGAGUAUUACGAACAGUGGCAUGUAUGUAUGGGAAGAAUGGCCAUUGCUAAUAGAAGAUGGACUUCUUAGCAGUAGUGCUCUUUUUGUGCCAGGCCAAGCUCUGGAAAUCAGCUGUGCACAUACAAAUCGCUUAGCUGUGGCAUAUAAGCGAACACCAACCGUAAACAGUCGUUCAUCUCAAGACUUUUUGGUGACGGUUGGAAUUUUUGAAUGCGAAUCUACAGGAGGCUCUUGUUGGAUCUUGGAACAAACACUUCACUUAGAUGAGCUAAACCCAACAUUCGACUCUUUGGGUGUUGACAGCAGUUCAGUGAUAGAUGGAAAUGAGAAUUUAAUACCUAGGACAAAUCAUAUGGUUCACCUAGACUGGAUGUCUAGAGAAGACGGCUCGCAUAUCCUAACAGUAGGCAUUGGGGCAAAGCUGUAUAUGUUUGGUCAGCUGUCUGGGAAGAUGCAAGAACAAAGCGGUAAGGAGAUGCUCGUACUGCCUGUGUGGGAAAAUGCUAAAACAUCAUGCUCUUCUAGAUUUAUAUUGCUAAGAUGCGUGGAUUUAGUUUCAUCAGUAGAAGGUUCACCACCUUUACCUGUUUCUUUAUCUUGGGUUCGUGAUGGCAUCCUCGUAGUUGGGAUGGAUUGUGAAAUGCAUGUUUAUUCUCAGUGGCAGCCCCCUACGAAGCAAGAACCAGUUACUCUAGACUCUUACAGUGGGAGUACACCAUCCAUAAUAAGCUUAAUGAAGCAAAGUCAGUCAUCUGGUGGUCACCCACCCAAGAGGACAUUGACCAGAUCCAUGACAAGUCUCGCUCAGAAACUGAGUGGGAAGCGAACUGCAUAUGAUCUGUCCCUGGAGAUGGAAGAUUCUGGCCUCUUUGAAGCAGCUCAUACAUUAUGUCCUACUUUACCUCAGUACCAUCCUCUGCAGCUUUUGGAACUCAUGGAUCUAGGGAAAGUGCGUAGAGCAAAAGCCAUCCUCUCUCAUCUUGUGAAAUGCAUUGCUGGAGAAGUUAUUGCCAUCGACGAUCCUGAGCAUGAAAAGCGGUACCGUUCUCUCUCAAUCUGUGCCAGUGGGAGCAGUACGCGGGACCCCAUGACAUUUAGCAAAUGUACUAUUACAGACUACACAGAAAUAGACUCUGUUCCACCACUACCUUUAUAUGCAUUGCUUGCCGCAGAUGAGGACUGCUCAUAUACAUCAUGUACAGAGAAGUCUAAUAACCAAAGAACCCUUAAGAAGCAAGAGGUGGCAGAUGAAAACUAUGACGAUCUCUUUCAGAAUUCCAAUCUACAUACGGAUGAUCUCACUAUGUUUGAAGUAGAUGAAGAAGAUAAAAAGCCAAAGGUUAUUGAUCUUUCUCAGUACAGUCCAACUUACUUUGGACCAGAGCAUGCUCAAGUUCUUUCGCGGCACUUGCUUCACGCUAGCUUACCUGGUCUCACCAGGAUGGAGCAGAUGUCUUUGAUGGCCUUGGUCGAUACAAUUGCCAUUACCAGCACUGAUAUAGGAGAAAGCAGAGACAAAAGCAAGGGAGGAGAAACACUUGAUGAAUGUGGUUUAAAGUUUCUUUUGGCUGUACGUCUUCACUCUUUUAUGACAACUUCGCUGCCACCUGCUCACAGAGCCCAGCUCCUUCACCAAGGCUUAUCUUCUAGUCAUUUUGCCUGGGCGUUUCAUUCAGUAGCAGGAGAAGAACUGCUAAACAUGCUUCCUGCAAUGCAAAAAGGUGAUCCAACAUGGUCAGAGCUCAGAGCUAUGGGUGUAGGAUGGUGGGUUCGAAAUACCCAUAGCUUACGGAGAUGCAUUGAGAAGGUCGCUAAAGCAGCCUUUCAAAGAAACAAUGACCCUUUAGAUGCGGCCAUUUUUUACCUUGCAAUGAAAAAGAAGGCUGUGAUUUGGGGAUUAUACAGAUCUCUAAACGACACUAAGAUGACGCAGUUCUUUGGACACAAUUUUACUGAAGACAGAUGGCGUAAAGCUGCAUUGAAGAAUGCCUUUUCACUGCUAGGCAAACAACGCUUUGAACAUUCUGCAGCGUUUUUCUUGUUGGCUGGUCACCUAAAAGAUGCCGUUGAGGUCUGCCUAGAGAAACUAAAUGAUAUUCAAUUGGCUCUUAUAAUAGCAAGACUUUAUGAGCCAGAGUUUGAAGUAUCUGGGACUUACAAAUCAGUUCUACAGAAGAGAAUUCUGGGAAGCAGACAUCAUACUAAAGAGAGUCCAUCAAGCACACAUGCUGAUCCUUUUCUUCGGAGUAUGGCUUAUUGGAUUUUGGAGGAUUAUAGCCAUGCUCUUGAUACUCUUAUAAGCCAACCCAUUUUGGAUGAGGAAGAUGAAGGCAAUGUGUCAAGAUGUAACCCUUCAGUGUUCAAUUUUUAUAAUUACCUGAGGACACAUCCUCUCUUGUUGAGACGCCAUUUUGGGUCUUCUGAUUUAUCUUCCACAAGGAUUUGUGUAACAGGAGAAAAUGGACUGGCAGAUGAAAUCAAUUUAAGGGAAAGAAGAUUGUUUUUUACAACUGCAUAUGCUCACUUAAAAGCUGGCUGUCCCAUGCUGGCUUUGGAAGUGUUAUCAAAGAUGCCCAAAGUGGUAAAAAAGUCAAAGCCUUUAGGAAGAACAUCUAGCUUAAUGGACACUAGUAAAGGCUGCUCACCCUCUUCUCCAGGACCACUGGAAUCAAAGGAUAACAAACCUUUCAGCAUUGACUGGUCACAACCUAUCGUCAAUGGUCUGGAAUCAUCUUCAGAUGGGUCUUCAGGUAAACAUUCAAAUUCUGCUCUUUUGUUUGACUGGAGUCAACCAAGCACAGUUUUCCAGGAUGAGCCUUUUGAGCUAAAGUGGGACAGUGACAAAGAUGAUGAAAGUGAAGACUGUAUUGUAAUGAAACCUUUGCAGAAGGAAGUGAGUGAGAAACCAAAUGAAGUUAGUUCUAGCUAUACAGAAACCUACAGUUCAGGUGCCGAAAAUGAGGUUUUCACUUCAUCAGAAGACAUCAUCUCUGCACAGCUGAAAUUUAGGGCAUGCUUGAAGAUCCUUACAGUGGAGCUUCGUACAUUAUCUACCGGCUAUGAAGUAGAUGGUGGAAAAUUAAGAUACCAGCUGUAUCACUGGCUUGAAAGAGAAGUGGUAGCUCUUCAGAAAACCUGUGACUAUAGUGUUGAAACAGAAGAUGUUCAGCCAGGAAUUAGCCCAGUAAUGGAUGAACCUUCAUCAAAUGAAAUGACCGAAGAACUAUCAGACACACAGCAAAAUACACAGCAGAGAGAAUACCUUCAAAGAAGACAGUGGCUUGUAAAAUAUCAAUCACUUUUGCGGAUGUUUCUAAGUUACUGUAUCCUUCAUGGAUCUCAUGGUGGAGGCUUGGCAUCUGUACGUAUGGAACUGAUUUUACUGCUUCAAGAAUCUCAGCAGGAACUGUUACUUCAUUCGCCUACUAAUACCGUAUCUGAGCAGAGUUCAAUACCGCUUCUGUUUGCCUGUACUGCAAGUGCCAAAACCGUGGUGGCCAAUCCUUUGCUGCAUCUUAGUAACCUGACUCAUGACAUACUACAUGCUAUAGUAAACCUUCAUGCGCCUCCCAGUCCAGAUGUACAAAAUAAUAAGAUCCAUGUAAUGCAUACGUUAGCUGCAUCUCUGUCAGCUUGCAUAUACCAGUCUCUCUGUGGUGGUCACAGCUACAGCUCAUUACAAGCAAACCAAUUCACUGGAACGGUUUACCAAACACUGCUGCUUUCUCACCGGCAUUCCUUAAGGACAGCAAGCUUAGAUGAAACAGUAACUCCCAAUACUGCACCAUCUCAGUGGCCAGGUAUAAUGGCUUUAAUACAGUUAUUAAAUCAUACCGGAGAAGAAGCGCAAUCUGGGAUCACAGUUUUGCUCUGUGAAAUUUUGACAGCAGUCUAUCUUAGCCUCUUCAUCCAUGGUCUCGCCACCCAUUCCAGCAAUGAGCUGUACAGAAUUGUGGCCCAUCCUCUUAAUGACAAAAUGUGGUUUGCUGUCUUUGGUGGAGGAGCAAAGAUUCCAAAGAAAGGCCAGGUGCAACAAACAUCAAAGAUGGGUAGGCACUUCCCUAUGCCUAGCCCACACCAGGUAGUAGUAUUCUCCAUGGAAUGUGUGGGGUUUACCAAAUCUCUAACAGCCAUCAGUACUCAUAGUCCUACCAAACCUACAGCCUCUUCUCCUCUAGAUGAUGGUGAGAAGCAACAGAAGUUUUUAAGAAUGUCAUCAAAAUCCUCUCUAAAAGAGACUUCACAGACUACUUUACCCUCAAUAGAACAAGAUGCCCCAAAUUACAAAGAGAAAUUUAUUCCUCCUGAACUUAGUAUCUGGGACUACUUCAUAGCAAAGCCAUUUCUUCCAUCAUCGCAAACUAGAAUUGAAUAUGACUCAGAGGAGAGUCAGGAAAGCAGCGAUGAUGAAGGUGAUGAUGAAUUCUCACCAGACUUAAAGAGUCAGGAACAUUCAAAUUCAAAUUCAUAUAGUUGGUCUCUGAUGCGGUUGGCUAUGGUUCAGCUUGUCCUCCAGAACUUGAAGACUUUCUACCCUAUGGCUGGGCAUGAUCUUUCAGAGCUACCAGUUAGUUCCCCACUGUGUCAUGCAGUACUAAAGAUACUUCAACGCUGGGAGCAAGUUCUUCUUAGGCGACUUGAGAUGCAUGGCGGCCCACCAGAAAACUUCAUUUCUGUUCAUACUUCUCAAGAUGCAUCCUCUUCAGGCCCUGCACUACUUCGCCACAAAGCCUUGCUAGAGCCAACAAACACCCCCUUCAAGUCUAAAAGUAAUAAUGCACUAUCUGUGAAGAGACUUUGGCAAUACCUCGUUAAACAAGAAAUGGUCCAGGAAACCUUUAUCAGAAACAUAUUUUCAAAGAAAAGGUGCUUGAAUGAGUCAAUAGAAGACCAAAACGAACAUAUCAAAAGUACUUCAGGGGAGGAGCCUGGAAUCAAUAAGAUAGAGACUGAUAUGGGAUACCCUGGAAGUAAAGCUAGAAUUAUCCAUAAAGAGUCUGACAUUAUCACUGCUUUUGCUGUCAACAAGGCCAACAGGAAUUGUAUUGCAAUAGCUUCAAGUCAUGAUGUUCAAGAACUAGAUGUUUCUGGAAUUCUUGCUACACAGAUCUACACUUGGGUUGAUGAUGAUGUAGAAGUGGAAGCUAAAGGAGCUGAUGAUUUCUUGGUUAUCCACGCUCGUGAUGACUUGGGAAACAUUCAGGGAACUACUCCUUAUACUCACAGCAAUCCUGGCACUCCAAUCAACAUGCCUUGGCUUGGUAGUACUCAGACUGGCAGAGGUGCUGCUGUGGAAUAUUCCAAUAAUUUUAAUGGAAUCAGAAAGGAAUUGGCAAGGAAAGAGAUGAUCAAGAAGGCUAUCAAUAAUGUUCGAAGAAUGGCUUCCCACCCAACACUACCUUACUAUUUGACAGGUGCUCAGGAUGGCAGUGUGAGAAUGUUUGAGUGGGGCCAUUCUCAGCAAAUUACAUGUUUCCGGUCUGGUGGCAACUCCAGGAUUACACGGAUGAGAUUCAAUUAUCAAGGCAAUAAGUUUGGGAUCGUUGAUGGUGAUGGGUUUAUAAGUCUGUAUCAAACAAACUGGAAAACGUCUCUACUUAAUGGAAGCACACCCAAACCAUAUUUGACAUGGCAGUGCCAUAACAAAACAGCCAGUGACUUCGUUUUCAUCAGCUCUUCAUCUUUGAUAGCCACAGCUGGGCAGUCCACUGACAACAGAAAUAUUUGUCUGUGGGAUACUCUGGUUGCACAUUCUAGUAGCUUAGUGCAUGCCUUUACUUGUCAUGAUACUGGAGCAACUGUCUUAGCAUAUGCCCCCAAACACCAGCUAUUAAUAUCAGGUGGCAGAAAAGGCUAUACCUGUUUAAUAGAUCUUCGGCAAAAGCAACAACGACAAUUUUUCCAGAGUCAUGAUUCUCCAAUUAAAGCAAUUGCUGUGGAUCCUACAGAAGAAUAUUUUGUCACAGGAUCUGCUGAAGGAAACAUAAAGGUAUGGAGUCUAUCUAACUUUGGUCUUCUUCACACUUUCAUCAAUGAACAUUCUCGACAGUCUAUUUUCAGAAAUCUUGGGACAGGUGUCAUGCAGAUUGAGACAGGACCAGCAAAUCACAUAUUCUCAUGUGGAGCUGAUGGGACAGUAAAGAUGAGAAUCUUGCCAGAUCGAUUUAGCUCACUCAGUGAAGUAUUGAAAAGUGAUGUGAAAUUCAUGCUCUAGUAUGGUGUUAAUACUGAAAUAUAUUUUAUAAGUGGGUAACAAUUGUAUGUAAAGUAUGUUGAUGAUUGUACAGAUAACACCACAAUAACAUUUUUCGAUGUUUAUAUUUAUUUCUUGGCGCUUCAGUCCUCGAUGCACUGAUGCCUUAAAGAUUUAAUAAGUUCCUUCUGGUUUUGCCUAAACCAUAUGCGAUCAUUCAGUAAAUGUUUAAAAUAUGUAUGUUGCUGAAGUUUUUUAUGUAUGUUGCUGUGUUUUUAAUUUGUAGGUGAACGUGGUCUUUUUUCAUUUAUUCUUCUCUAAAGACCCAUACCAUAAGGAAGCCUUAUGAUGUUAGCCUGAUAAAUACAACUAUCUGUUGCCAAAUUCCUCCUCCUAGCUAGCUAUGAGUAUGGGUUGUAGUUGUCUAAAAUAAGCACCUCUUGAGAGUUGAGCCACCGCUGCUACCUAAUCCCUGGAAUCCAAGUUGAUCAUUGUUGCAAUUUGAACUCUGUAUGCAGAGCUAAGAAUUGAAGGAUAGACUUUGUGUCGGAACUUUCCAUGCUUGAACGGCUGCUAUCAGGAUGGCAGUCUUUUCCUUAAACCAAGAGACAUACAGAAUAUAUAUUUUUAUCUAAGCCCUGUUUAAAAAUAUGCAAAUAUUAUGUGAUUAUUCUCUCUCAUAAAACUGUUUAAGAAUUAUAUUUAAAGAAAACAAUACAUGAACCUUUAGUGUUGAUGAAAUGAACCAUAGGAAUGUGCUGCAUAGGAUACUGAAUGCGAAUUGUUCUUUUGUAAAACGCUGAGUGUUUCAGGAAAUAGACAAAUAAUGCUAUUUACUCCUUCUGGUGAAUUUGUUUUCAUUUAGCCCAAAGAUGCUGUUUUCUCCCCAGCACUUAGAUCAUAGUGUUUACCUUGUAACUGCCUUUCUGAAGCAAAUUUAGAAAAUACUGCAAAAGAAAAUGACUAAUCUGGGGUAUGAAAUAUACUAUAGAUUUAUAAUGGGGGAAAUCAAAGUAUAUUGAAAUAAGAUUUUCACGUUUCUUUUGCCAAAAUGUAAAAAGUGUAUACACUAACUGUUUUGACCAAAAUAUAGAAAUGCACAAAGCCUUCAACGUUUUCUAUGUGCUAAAACAACUAUUCUGGGUUAUUUCAUUUUAGAAGUGUAGAAAAGUAUGUAAACUAGAUAAGAGACUGGUUACUCAAAUGCAAAUAAUAUACUUUUUGCUAUAAUAUUGGGGGUGGGAACAGUGUCAAUACAAUGCUAAUUGUAAAAAAAAAAAUGUCUGGGAAUGGAUGCUGUAAAUAAAACAAAAAUGAAGGGCUUGUAUAAUGAAUUUUGUAAUAUUCUCAGGACACAUACUUUAACAUUUUAAUUUUAAUAUUUUGUAACAUUUUAUAUGAUUUUAAAUGUAAUUUUUUGCAGAUUUCUGUGCAAGGAGCAAAGGGGUGGUUUCUAAGCACUUAGCCUGCAUUUAAAUUUGUGCAAUAACAUAUAUGCUACUAUUGUAGAGAAGAAAUGCACAGUGGGCAUUUCAAAGAACUAGCACAGUUGUUUGAUACAUUGAAUUUUAAUCAUUUUUCCUCUGAAAUUCCCGUGAAUCAAUUGAUGUUUUAAGACACAAUGAUCAGGCCAUGGGGUGACUUGGUGACAAUAGCUCUAUCAUGUGCCAUGAAGCAGUCACAUGACUGGAAGGCAUGCCUUUUAAUACCCUACUUAUGAAGGAAGUAGCACCAGCAAAUAAGUGCUUGGAGUGGCCUGUAGAGUGGCCUAUGUCCCUUAUGGGGCUUCUAUAAAGUCAUCAACAAGGAUGAUACAUGCUAGGGUUAUGGAAAGUUAUGCUUAUGCUGGACAGAAAGCCUGCACAACUAUUUUGGAGCAGAUCAUGAGUUUGAGUGCUGUGACGGUUAUAUUUCAUGUAUGUAUUAAAGCAUUUCCUCUUUAAACACUGUCGCCCUUCACAUUUUAAUUCAAAAGACAAAGUUGGGGAAAUGAUUUCAACGUUAAAGAGACAAACCCUAAUUUUCCAGUUUCUGAGUUUUAUAUUUGAAUCACAAAGGCAGCCAAGCAUACUGAAAAUUUACAGUUCAGGGUACCAGCAGUUAAGACUUUUUAAAAAUAAAUAAAUAAAUUUAAGAUGGAAAUUUA